UGUGUUUCAAGCCUCUGCAAAGCCAAGGCUCUUUAGAACGACGUCUCCCUUUUCAACAGAAGUUAUACCUGGAUGUCAGUGACCAAGAUGUUGGAAAAAGUAAUAAACUCGGUGGUGAUCCGGAAUGAAACUUUCCGACAGGCUUUGGCAGAGGCCCUGGCCACCUUCAUCUUGAUGGCUUUUGGCCUCGGCUCUGUUGCGCAAGUCGUGCUGGGAGAGAAGCAUUUUGGAGAAUAUUUGAGCAUCAAUCUAGGAUUUGGGCUUGGUGUUAUGUUAGGUAUCCAUGCUGCUGGUGGCAUUUCAGGUGCUCAUAUGAACGCUUCCAUAACUUUCGCCAACUGCGUGGUGGGAAAACUUCUCUGGCGCAAACUUCCGGCGUAUGUGAUUGGCCAGUUCCUGGGAUCGUUUGCAGCAUCGGCUCUGAUUUUUGUUUUGUAUUAUGAAGCCCUACAGAAUUACACGGGAGGAAACCUGACUGUGACGGGGCCUACAGCCACCGCAGGGAUCUUUGCCACCUACCCUGCCCCCUACAUGUCCCUGUGGAGAGGGUUCCUACAGGAGCUUAUUGCAACCAGCAUGCUCAUGAUUGGUAUCCUUGCCAUCAAUGACGCGAAGAAUGCAGGCGCUCUGCCGGGCACCAACGCCUUUAUCAUUGCGCUGUUGGUUGUAGCCAUUGGCAUAUCUAUGGGGAUGAACACUGGCUAUGCCAUCAACCCUUCCAGGGAUCUGCCCCCCAGGAUUUUCACUGCUCUUUCUGGAUGGGGGUUAGAGGUGUUCCGAGCAGCCAACAAUUGGUGGUGGGUCCCAGUGGUGGCCCCAACGCUGGGGUGCCUCAUUGGGAUCUUCACCUACAACAUCCUGAUCGACUUCCACAAUCGCCCUCGGACAGAUCCAGAGCCUUGGAAGCAAGACCCAGAGGCUGAGAUGACGUCUCCCAUGUGACGGGGCAGCGCUGCUUUCAAAGAAUUACGUUUUUUGGCUACCUGAAUAUGCUUUCCUUCCAGGCCCCCAAGGAAGAGGAGAGCACCUUUGGGGAAGACGGGAGAAACCUGGAGUUCAUCAGCUCAUAUGGGCCUGCUCUAGGGAACUGCCUCCUUGUUCAAAGUGGAGUCAUCUGUCCACCUAAGAGACAUGCAGAUCGGGACAAAAUCUGGACGCCAGAGAUAGGGACUUGGAAAAAUAAAUCCACAUGCUAGGAU